CUUAUCCGCAAGGCACUCGUCUCCUCCAGCCACCUCGACUGGAACAAGCUGAGCGGUUCGAUGUUCGGGCUUCUAUUUGGAGCCCCAAAGAAAGUCUGCGACGCUACUCUAGCCGAUGAUUCAGGAAUCGGGGCGAAGCCCUACCCAGGCAGUUCAGUCCAUCCCAGCCGUCGCAUAAUGCGGAAUCAGGUCCUCUUCUUCAGCGAUGCUUUUUCAAAGCCGAGCAUGGAUGAGCUCAUCCCCCGCUUCCUGCGCAGUCUUGAAGAGCAUUGCGCUGCAUUGAACAUCGGCGAUGAAUGGGUGGAAAGACCCGAUUUUUACAUGUUUCUGCGCGACGUUGUGUUUCCCUGCGGAGUCAAUUCGUUCUAUGGGAAGAGCAUGCUUGGCUUGAAUCCCGAUCUUGAGGAAGACUUCAGGAUCUUCGAUGAGAAUAUUCCGUUUCUAGCUACGGGGAUGCCGACCUGGUUCAGGCCGCAAGCUGCUCGCUAUCGCGCCAAGUGCCUUGCUGCAAUGAAACGGUGGCGACGAGAAGCAAUGCGGCAGAGUGAGAAGAAUCCCGCUCCAGAUACUGCCGAGUGGGACCCAGCUUGGGGCCUUGGUGCUAUACGCCGGAGGAACAAGCUCUUCGCCGCGACAGACGGGCUGUUUGACGAAGAUGCUACUGCAGCUAGCGAUCUAGCGACGAUGUGGGCGUUUACCUCCAACGUGAUACCAGCCACAUUUUGGUUCCUCUUCGAGAUCUUAGCCACUGAGAACCUGCUAGGCCGGGCAAGAAACGAGCUCCAGGGAACGCGAACAGACGCCGGCAUUUUCGACCCCACCAAGGUCAUCAACGCCCCCUUGCUGCAGUCCGUCUACGCAGAAGUCCUCCGCCUACACGUCGCUUCUCUCGUAACACGAAGUGUGAAGCAAACACACAGCCUUGACAACUGGGUGCUCCCAAAAGACCAAUACAUCAUCGUCGCAAGCCACGUCGAGCACCGCGACUCAUACUGGAAUGCAGUCGACGCGUCCAACAAGCACCACCCGCCCUCCGAGUUCUGGGCAGAGCGGUUCUUAGUCAGUGAGGAAGGGACGUCUAAGUUCUCGCUCGAGGGGAAACAGGGACGAUGGAUGCCCUACGGAAUGGGCGAGCAUAUGUGUCCCGGAAGGCACUUUGUCAAGUACGAGAUGAUGCUUAGUUUUGCGGUGCUAGUAUCGGUUUUCGAUAUUGAGUUGUUGUCUCCUGGGGGAUGGCGCCCGGAUGAUAACCUCGCGCGGUAUGGGUUUGGAGCGCAGCCGCCGAAGCAGAAAGUGAAGUUCCGGAUCAGGCGGCGAAGUGACGGGAAAACUAGCUGAGCCCGCUGUCUCAAUCAUGAGUCAUGAUUCUGUG